GCGGCCGCCUAUAAACCUUAAGAGGACAAGCAACAAUGGCUGAGAAUUCCCUCUCUCUUUUCAGCCCUCGUCUUCUCCGUUUUGGUUCUGAAUUUGUACUUGCAUGUGUAUGCCAAUCUUUGAUUCUGGCCAUUGCUCGGGUCCGGCCUAGGGGCUUCGCCCUCCUCCAUGUGGGUUUUGGAAUCUAGGGUUUUAUUUGAUCGGUUUGCGGCAGAGUCUUCUUCGGGGCCUAAAAUAUGAGUGCCGUCAACAUAACCAACGUCACCGUUUUGGACAAUCCGGCGGCGUUUCUCAACCCCUUUCAGUUCGAAAUCUCUUACGAGUGUUUGAUUCCUCUCAAGGAUGAUUUAGAAUGGAAGCUCAUUUACGUGGGGUCAGCUGAGGAUGAGACUUAUGAUCAACUCCUAGAGAGUGUACUUGUUGGGCCGGUCAAUGUUGGCAAUUAUCGUUUUGUCUUUCAGGCAGAUCCUCCAGACCCAUCAAAAAUCCGUGAAGAGGAUAUUAUUGGCGUCACAGUACUGCUUUUGACAUGCUCUUAUCUAGGACAGGAAUUUAUUCGAGUGGGAUACUAUGUGAACAAUGAUUAUGAUGAUGAACAGCUACGAGAAGAACCUCCACAAAAAGUGUUGAUUGAUAGGGUCCAGAGAAAUAUUUUGGCUGACAAACCCAGAGUCACAAGGUUCCCAAUAAAUUUUCAUCCCGAGAAUGGCGAGCAUGAAGAGCAGUCCCAUCCUUUGCCUGCGACCCAAAAUGCCACUGAAACCAGUGCGUGUCCAGGACCAACUUCCUUUCCUGCUAGCACCACCGAUGAGCAACAAGAAAAAAAUCUCUAGAACAGAAGUAAUCACAUGAGAAUCUUUCACAUAUUUACUUCAGAUGUUUCUGCACAGCGUUGACUUCGGUGGAAUUGUUUUGGCAGGUUUUGAAUAUCCACCGUUCGAUGCUGUGACAAAAAUUUGUUGUAAAGUGUGUUCAUGGAACUUUGUUGUAUCUUAUACUUCUGUUGCUAAGAUGUGUUUAGUGUUUUAUGUUUAUUUACUUGUCCAUCUAACCAGACUUUGGGCAUCUGAUGCAUAUUUUGUUUUUGUUUUUUUUUUUUUUGGGUUUUUUAUUUGGAGCUAAGGAUUGUUUACUUUCAUAACUCUACUGAUUUUGGUAUCUUAUAAAUUGCUUCCUUUUUCAUAAAGGAUGAGGUUCAUUAA